UGCUGCUGUUGCUGCUGCUACUGGCGGCCACUGAGGGAAAGAUGGCGGCGGCCGAGACUGAUCGAGAUGCACCGUCCGCUCUGUGCAGUGACUUCCUCAAUUUCUCCGCUAAAGACACCGCUGCGAAUUGGCUACAGGUGAGCAACCUGCCCAAAGAGGUGUACCAGCACUUGGCCUGCUACGUCCCCAAAAUCUACUGCCUGGGACCCAACCUGAACCCACAGAAUGAGGACCUGCUUGCCCAGUUGCUGCUUCAGUCCCCGUUGGAGUGGUACCUGUGCGGGGAAGAGCCGUCCGUGGGCUUGGCCAAGCUGGAACAGAGCAAUCAGCCUUCACAGCUCUGUGGCCAUGUCUUCAAAGUGGGAGAGCCAACGUACACCUGCAGGGAGUGUGCGGCCGAUCCAACCUGCGUGCUGUGUAUGCAGUGCUUCUUAGGCAGCGUUCACAAAGAGCAUCGCUACAGGAUGACCACCUCAGGGGGAGGAGGCUUCUGUGACUGUGGUGACACAGAGGCCUGGAAGAAGGGCCCUUACUGUCAGAAACACGAGCCAAAUAUCAGUGACUCUUUCCAGAAGGAUCCGUUGGUUAAUAUUUCUGCUGAGAUGAUCGCCCGCACAUACAAUGUUUUCUCCAUCAUCCUCAAAUAUGCUGUGGACAUGCUUACAUGGGAUAAAGAGGACGAGCUACCUGAAGGCCUUGAGUCACCGGCACGUGGAAACAUGUACUACUGCAUGCUAUUUAAUGAUGAAGUCCACACGUAUGAGCAGGUCAUCUAUACGCUACAGAAAGCUGUAAACUGCACCCAGAAAGAGGCUGUCAGUUUCGCCACCACAGUGGACAGAGAUGGCAGGAAGUCUGUUCGCUUUGGGGACUUCCAGUACUGUGAGCAGGCCAAAUCUGUUAUUGUGAGGAACACAAGUCGUCAAACAAAGCCUCUGCGAGUUGAGAUCAUGCACUCUUCAGUGGUGGCUCAUCAAUGUUUCGCACUCAGAGCUCUCACCUGGCUCGGCCAAAUCAUCAGAUACUCAGAUGCUCUGAGGAGGAUCCUCUGUCAGGUGGGACUGCAGCAAGGGCUGGAUGGAGAGAACUCCUCUCUAGUGGACACACUCAUGCUCUGUGACUCCAAGAUGUGGAAAGGAGCGAGAAAUGUUUACCACCAGCUCUUCAUGAGCAGCCUGCUUAUGGAUCCAAAGUACAAGAAACUUUUUGCCAUUCAGUUUGCAAAGAAUUACCGGUGCCUUCAGACAGAUUUUAUGGAGGAUGAUCACGAGCGUGUAGUAUCAGUGACCUCUCUGUCAGUGCAGCUCUUCACCACCCCCACUGUGGCGCGGAUGCUGAUCACAGAGGAGAACCUGAUGACCACCAUCAUCCGCACCUUUGUGGAUCACCUCAGACACCAAGACCUGCAGGGCCGCUUUCAGUUUGAACGCUACACAGCGCAACAGGCAUUCAAAUUCCGUCGAGUCCAGAGCCUUAUUGGAGACCUCAAGUAUGUCCUGAUAAGCCGUCCAACAGAGUGGGCCGACAAACUCAGAGAGAAGUUUCUGGAAGGUUUUGAUGCUUUCUUGGAGCUGCUAAAAUGCAUGCAGGGAAUGGACCCAGUAGUGCGUCAAGUGGGGCAGCACAUAGAGAUGGAGCCGGAAUGGGAGGCAGCCUUCACUUUACAGAUGAAGCUCACACACAUCAUCUCUAUGAUGCAGGAAUGGUGUGCCAGUGAUAAGAGAGUGCUGAUUGAAGCCUAUAAGAAGUGCCUGAGCGCCCUGACUCACUGCCACAGUGGUUUCACAGAUGGAGAGCAGCCCAUCACCCUCAGCAUGUGCGGCCACUCCGUCGACACCAUCCGCUACUGCGUCUCUCAGGAGAAAGUCAGCAUACACCUGCCUGUGUCCCGCCUUUUAGCAAGUUUACAUGCUCUACUGAGCAAAACAGAGGUAGCCUAUCGAUUCCCUGAACAGCUACCCCUGAGUGAACUAAGUCCUCCCAUGUUGAUUGAGCACCCGCUCCGCUGCCUAGUGCUCUGUGCACAGGUGCACGCUGGGAUGUGGAGAAGAAAUGGCUUUUCAUUGGUCAAUCAGAUCUAUUAUUAUCACAACGUGAAAUGCAGGGUGGAGAUGUUUGAUAAAGACCUCAUUAUGCUGCAGGCUGGAGCUUCCAUGAUGGAUCCAAACCACUUCCUGAUGAUCUUGAUGAGUCGUUUUGAGCUUUAUCAUAUCUUCAGCACACCAGACUAUAGGAAGAGAUGCAGCAGAGAGAAUGCUAACAAGGAUGUGGUUCAGCAGAAUAACACACUUAUUGAAGAGAUGCUGCACCUGGUCAUUAUGGUCGUGGGCGAGCGAUACACAGCUGGUGUUGGUCAGGUGGAGAGCAGUGAUGAGAUAAAGAGAGAGAUUGUUCAUCAGCUGUGCAUUCGACCUAUGGCCCACAGCGAGCUGGUCAAAGCCCUGCCUGAGAAUGAGAAUAAAGAGACCGGCAUGGAAAGGGUCAUCGAUAGUGUGGCUUUGUUUAAGAAGCCUGGUGUGACUGGCAGAGGACUUUAUAAACUCAGGCCAGAGUGUGCAAAGAUGUUCAAUCUUUACUUCCACCAUUACUCCAGAGCGGACCAGUCUAAGGCUGAAGAGGCUCAGAGAAAGAUUAAGAGGCAAAACGGGGAAGAUUCAGUUCUCCCUCCACCAGUUCUUCCUCGGUUCUGCCCACUGUUUGCCAGCCUGGUGAACAUCCUGCAGUGUGAUGUACUGCUGGGGAUUCUGGGAGCUGUACUGCAAUGGGCCAUGGAGCCCAGUGGAGGGCACUGGUCUGAGUCCAUGCUCCAGAGGGUGCUGCAUCUGAUUGGCAUGGGUCUGGUGGAAGAACAGCAACAUCUCAUCAGCAGCUCAGAAGAUCAUGACACGAGCUUCAACUUCACUCUCAAAAUCUCCAGGCCAGGUGAGGCCCCUGGUAACACUCCCAGUAUCUUGGCUUUAUUGGAGACCCUGCAGAAUGCUCCUCAUCUGGAGGUGCACAAGGACAUGAUUCGCUGGAUCCUCAAGACGGUGACCAACAUCAAGACCACACGAGAGUGCACAGCCAGUGCGCCCCCUACUGACAGCUCAGGGCACAGUCAAGAGGAGACGGUGCGUGAUAAAGAUAAGGCAGAGCGGAAGAGGAAAGCGGAGAUGGCACGACUGCGCAGGGAGAAGAUCAUGGCUCAGAUGUCAGAGAUGCAGAGACACUUCAUCAACGAGAAUAAAGAGCUGUUUCAGCAGAGCCUGGAGGAGCUGGACGUCUCCCCUACCUCCUCACUGGAGCACAGCCCCAGUUCGUGUGACAGUGCACUGGUGUGUGUGGGCCCGCGACGGUGGCAUGCAGGUGGCAGUGAAAGGAGGCAGAUGGUGACGUGCAUCUUGUGUCAGGAGGAACAAGAGAUCCGGGCUGACGGCAAAGCAAUGGUGCUUGCUGCUUUUGUCCAGCGCUCCACAGUCAUGUCGAAAAACCGCAAGAGACCGCCACACAACCCAGAUAAGUAUGACCCUUUGUUCAUGCACCCUGACCUGUCGUUCGGCACACACACGGGCAGCUGUGGACACAUCAUGCAUUCACACUGCUGGCAGAGGUAUUUUGAAGCGGUGCAGGCUAAAGAGCAGCGCAGGCAGCAGAGGCUACGCGUGCAUACCAGUUAUGACGUGGAGAACGGAGAGUUCUUGUGUCCGCUCUGCGAGUGUCUGAGUAACACAGUCAUCCCACUGCUGCCUCUUACUAAGACCACCUGCAGCAGUGACCAGCCUGAUCUGAGCCAGUGGCUGAACAUCACCUCUCUGCAGAUGAAAGCCCUGCACUCCGCUCACAAGAAGACCAACUGUGCUGAAGGUGCUAAUACAGGUAGUGUUGAAGGCUGUUCUUCCCCUCAUGGCUUCAAACUAGACUACACUCCAAAGAACCCAUACUCAAGCACCAUAAAGGAAAUGCUGACCACGUUUGGGACAGCCACGUACAAAGUUGGUCUGAAGGUGCACCCUAACGAGCAGGACCCCCGUGUGCCAAUCGUGUGCUGGGGCAGCUGUGGCUACACCAUUCAGUCCAUAGAGAGAUUGCUGGUGGAUGAAGAGAAGCCUUUGUUUGGAAGUUUACCAUGCAGACAGGAUGACUGUUUGAGCUCUCUGACUCGGUUCAGCUCGGCCUGCUGGACUGUCUCUUCUCAUACCACUGUACAGAGUCACUUUAUCAGGCUUUUUGCUGCCCUUGUUCCUGAUUCCCGGGUGGAGAAUAUACCAUGUAUUCUGGAUAUAGACAUGUUCCAUCUGCUGGUGAGCUUGGUGCUAUCCCAUCCAGCGGUUCUCUGUCUAGACUCCUCAGGGAUGAGCGCAGAUACUGCACAGCUGCAUUUCCUGCACCUGGUCACUGUUGCUCACCUGGUCCAGAUUCUCCUCACCUCCAUACCAGAGGAGGUGCGGAUGGAGCAGGAGAGUGCAGGAGCUGAGAGGGAGGAGGAGGAGAGUGUGUGUAUGCUCUACAACACUCUCAGGACACAUCUGGGCAGAGUGUUGUGUUUCAGUUGGCUGCGUGAGGUGAGCUCAGGCUGGCAUCUGUGGCACUGUGUGAAAGCAGGAAUCCUGCCUUACCUGAGAGCAGCAGCUCUGUUCUUCCACUAUCUGAACGGAGCUCCAGCACCACCUGAGCUACACGCUCUUGGUGCGGGUGAAUGGGAGGCUCUGUGUGGAUAUCUGUGUUUGCCCUCUAACCUAGUGCAGCUCUACAACAACAACCAGGAGCUAAUGGAGCCAUUGCUGCAGAGGUGGUGCUCUCAUCCUGGUGUGCUGCAGAGUCUUCAGACCAGCGCGGCUCUUAUCGGGUUUCCCAGAGAAUCCAAUUAUCUGAUAGAACUGCCAGAAGACUACAGUGCGCUUAUUAACCAGGCCUCCAGCUUCACGUGCCCUAAAUCAGGAGUGGAUAAGUCACGUGCUCCUACACUGUGUCUGGUGUGUGGUGCCAUGCUGUGCUCUCAAAGCUACUGCUGUCAGACUGAGCUGGAGGGGGAGGAUGUGGGCGCAUGCACAGCACACACUUUUGCAUGCGGAGCUGGAGUCGGCAUCUUUCUCAGGGUGCGGGAAAGUCAGGUUCUGUUUCUGGCUGGUAAAACUAAGGGCUGUUUUUACGCUCCCCCAUACCUGGAUGACUACGGGGAAACAGACCAAGGGCUCAGACGGGGAAACCCUUUACACUUGUGCCAAGAGCGCUACAGAAAGAUCCAGAAACUGUGGCGCCAGCACAGCAUCACAGAGGAGAUCGGCCACGCCCAAGAGGCUAAUCAGACUUUAGUGGGCAUUGACUGGCAGCACCUGUGAAGUCCUGUGAAGUUUUUCCACACGUAUGCCCACCCAUAACUCAUCAGUGGACCCGCACAGCAGGGCUAGAGGUUGCCAAGGCACCCCCACCUCCAUCUUUCGGACAGUGGAUGAAUGCAUGACUUUAUUUUUUCUUUUCUGUUUUAGGAGAUUUUUUUUUUUCUCCCUAUUUUCUUAUUAAUUUGGUAUAAAUGCAUAUUUAAAAAAGAUAUAUAGCCAAGGUGUUGAACCUCAGCAAUGAGUUCUCUUGCAACUCAAAUACUCUUCAUAGGAAUGCUAUUUAAUUUCUGUCUUUUCCAAAUAAUAUGAAAUUAUUUUCAAAGGUAGUUUGCUCAAUAUAUAGGUUUCGCAAGAAUCGCUUUGGAAUUGAAUGGUGCUGCUUCCCUUUAAGUCAGGCACAUGUAUAGCACCACAUACAGGCAACACAGCAUCCUAUCUCCCCAUUAUCUCAAAUGCUGCAAUACAUUUCUGUUCAAGGGAUAGUCUACUUAAAAAUGACGAUUCUGUCAUCACAUACUAACAACUAUGUUGUUUCAAACUCUUGACUUUCUUACCACUUUUGUGUUCCACAGAAGAAAGAAAGUCACACAGGGUUGAAACAGCAUGAUGACCGAAUUUUCAUUUAAGGGUGAACCAUCCCUUUAGACCACCCAAUGUGCUUCUUGGAUGUCAAUACAAGCCAAGCCAAUGUGAGGAAAAUCUGCAAGCACAUGAAUUUGUCUUUUGAAUGCCUGGUUAAUGUUUGUGUGUGUGUGUGUGUGUGUGUGUUUGAAAGUUUUUUUUGCAUAUAAGUGUUUAGUUGGUAUGUUUCUAAUCUGAUGAAUUUCUAUGGUGGUCUGUUUUUACGACUUUCUUUUGUGGUGUGUUAUUUAUGUGUUUCUUGCAGGGUGUUGUAUUUGACCUUGAUCUAUAGAAACAUGCUUUCCAUGAAUUGAGGCAACUCGUCAACAUGAUUUUGAUGUGUGUGCCGUGUCUUGUGAGUUUUGGACAUUCUGUUUGUUUUGAUACUGCUGCACCUUUUUUUUGCACCGCAGCAGUAAUUAAUGCAGAUUUGCAUAUCCUUAAUACUGUUUCAAGCUGCAAUCUCCCUUAGACUGCUUGUCUUUUUCUUUAUAGUGGCCUUAGUCUGAGGCUUUAGUCCUAAUCAAGAGAGUUUUCUUUAUCAGCGAUGCAGACACACAAACACACUGUUGCUUCUUUCUGAUACAAGUUUUCAUGCCUCGCUCAAUUGAGAUAAGAUGCCUGUUUCCAAUGAAGAGAGCAUAUUUCCUGGGACACUUCCAGUGGCUGCAGCAGUAUAUCACAUCACAGACUGACUUGUUAAUAUGUGAAUUCUUGUAUAAAUGGGUGCAUUGUACUAUACUGUAAAACAUUAAUGAAAUAAAAAUAAGAAAAAGA